AGAGGGAAGAGCGGAGGACGUGGGAAGAGAAAAGUGGCCGGAGGUUGCUUGGAGCUCGAGCCAAGAUGACCACUCUGGUGCUUGAUAACGGGGCCUACAACGCCAAAAUCGGCUACAGCCACGAACAGGUCUCGGUUAUUCCUAACUGUCAGUUCAGAUCAAAAACAGCACGGCUUAAAACUUUCACCGCUAACCAGAUCGAUGAGAUAAAGGACCCUUCCGGACUCUUCUACAUCCUGCCCUUUCAGAAGGGCUACUUGGUGAAUUGGGAUGUUCAGAGACAAGUUUGGGACUACCUUUUUGGAAAAGAAAUGUAUCAGGUUGAUUUUUUGGAUACUAAUAUUAUUAUCACAGAACCAUAUUUUAACUUCACUUCAAUUCAAGAAUCAAUGAAUGAAAUUCUGUUUGAAGAAUACCAGUUUCAAGCAGUAUUGCGAGUAAAUGCCGGGGCGCUCAGCGCACACAGGUAUUUCCGGGACAAUCCUUCUGAGCUGUGCUGCAUCAUUGUCGACAGCGGCUACUCCUUCACGCACAUAGUCCCUUACUGCAGAAGUAAAAAGAAGAAAGAAGCAAUCAUUCGGAUAAAUGUCGGGGGGAAACUCUUAACCAAUCAUCUGAAAGAGAUCAUAUCUUACAGGCAGCUUCAUGUUAUGGAUGAAACGCAUGUAAUUAAUCAAGUGAAAGAAGACGUGUGCUAUGUCUCUCAGGAUUUUUACAAAGAUAUGGACAUUGCAAAGUUGAAAGGAGAAGAAAAUACAGUAAUGAUAGACUAUGUGUUGCCUGAUUUCAGUACAAUUAAAAAGGGCUUUUGUAAGCCUAGGGAAGAGAUGGUAUUGAGUGGAAAAUAUAAAUCAGGGGAACAGAUUCUUCGUUUGGCCAACGAGAGAUUUGCUGUUCCAGAAAUUCUUUUUAAUCCUUCUGAUAUAGGCAUUCAAGAAAUGGGAAUUCCCGAAGCUAUUGUCUAUUCGAUUCAGAACUUACCUGAAGAAAUGCAGCCGCACUUUUUUAAGAAUAUUGUUUUGACGGGAGGAAAUCCCCUUUUCCCUGGAUUUAGGGAUCGGGUUUACUCAGAAGUUCGAUGUCUCACUCCAACAGAUUAUGAUGUUUCUGUUGUGCUUCCUGAAAAUCCUAUUACCUAUGCCUGGGAAGGUGGAAAAUUGAUAUCAGAGAACGAUGAUUUUGAAGAUAUGGUGGUAACACGAGAAGAUUAUGAAGAAAAUGGACAUAGUAUCUGUGAAGAGAAAUUUGAUAUUUAAGAAACAUUUCUGAAAGAAAAUUGUAACUAGUUGUGACUGAAAGGUUUAGUGUCAAUGUUUAUUUUAAAGGUGAAGCACCUGUUACCUUUCAUCCAAAGAUACAGUCUUAACUAACUCCCUUGAUCGGUGGUAACUUUUCACAGGCUUUUUAAGCAGAUUAGAGGAAGCUCUGUGUCACCUCGCCCAUGACGUCAUGUGGGACCUUGUGAGGUGAUGUCGGGUUUGCUUAGGAGACGAAAGAGCGGAUCUGUGGUCAGCUUUACUCUUCACCACCGGAAGCACACACACUGUUCCAUUAUCUUAGAAGGUAGCUUUGCAUUACUUUGGAAAUUGGCGAAAGUGUUAAUAGGCUGAUAUGAUUUCUCUUUUAGACCUAGUAUUUUAUUUAAAAAUAAGCCAUUUUUAUUUAUACAUAAUAAAGUUGGAAA